ACACAUCCCCUCUAGUCAUUUAAUAGGGUCUCUGAGAUUGACAGCCAGCAAGUAGCGUUUCUAGUUUACUAGGUGGUUUUUUAAUGAUUGCCCAACCAAACUAGCAUGAACUGCUGCUUGGAAUGCAAGCAUUAUAGUUAGCUACCUUUCAAUAUCUCAAAUUGGACAUCCACUGUGCCCAAAUAUACGACUGGUGAGGCUGUGCGUGAGCAAAGGGAGUGUGUGAGAGAGACUGAAAGAGAGAGACCGAGGGAGUUGUCUUCAUGGCAGCUGAGGCGCAGAGACAGCGUUCUCUCUCUACGUCAGGAGACUCGCUCUACUUGGUCCUGGGGAUCGACAAGAAUGCCACACCAGAGGACAUCAAGAAGUCCUACAGGAAACUGGCUCUGAAGUUCCACCCAGACAAGAACCCAGACAACCCCGAGGCUGCUGAUAAGUUUAAGGAGAUCAACAACGCCCACGCCAUCCUGAACGACUGUACCAAGAGGAACAUCUAUGAUAAGUACGGCUCCCUGGGUCUCUACGUGGCCGAACAGUUUGGAGAGGACAACGUCAACACCUACUUUGUCCUCUCCUCCUGGUGGGCUAAGGGCCUGUUCAUCUUCUGUGGCUUGGCCACUGGCUGCUACUUCUGCUGUUGUUUGUGUUGCUGCUGUAACUGCUGCUGUGGGAAGUGUAAACCGCGGCCGCCCAUGGACCAGGAACCAGAGUUCUACGUCUCCCCUGAAGACCUGGAGGCACAGAUGCAGUCUGACGAGAGAGACGUUGGUGGUGACCCCAUCAUGAUGCAGCCGUCCGGAACAGAGACCACCAGGCUGACGUCAGACAACCACUCCUCCUACCGGACCGACAUCGGAAACAACUAAACCUACACCUGAUACAACUAAACACCCCUAAAUCUACACCCUGUACCCCUACCCUCUACACCGGAUACAACUAUACCCCCCUAAAUCUACACCCUGUACCCCUACCCUCUACACCGGAUACAACUAUACCCCCCUAAACCUACACCCUGUACCCCUACCCUCUACACCCCCUGUCCUGCCCGGGAGAAGGGGAGUAGAAGAGAGCAAGAGAGAGAGAGAAAGAUGUCAAUGGGGAUGAGGAGGCCAAAGUAAGUAGCAUAUCUUUGGGAAAGUGCGCGCAGCUCGCCUUGCUCCAUCCCACAGAUUUUAGAUCAUUUUUUUUCGUGAAAGAAACGUUUAAGUAAUAUAACGCGAAGUACACAAAGUAAUAUAUAAGUAUGGGAUAAAACGCCGACAUUCUGUACGUUACCUUGGAAAUAAUGGAGGACGCAGCGGAACAAGGCGUUCAUCCAGCUUAUACCACAGUUACCAAAGAAAAAAAUACUAAAGCACACAUUUACCCAUAGAAAAAAAAAAUAAGUUGAUAUUUUUCCUUUUUAUAAGAUAAUUCAUGCUUUCUCAUCUUUUGAUUGCUAGAGGCGCGACCCAGUCGUUCGUUCGAUUAGUUAAGGACGCGACCCAGUCGUUCGUUCUAUACGUUCCGUUGCCAUGCGCACUGGCAACGUUCUUAUCCCUUGCUUGCUAGCUAGCCAACUAGCUACGGCUAACACAGCCACGACGUCUGCAGCCAGAAUAACAGCAAAGUAGCUGGAUUUGCGUUUGUUUAAAAGCAGUUUUUCUAGUGACAUUCAUUUGGAUACAUCCAUAACAAUGAGCUGAGGAUGCCUGAUUUAGCCUGGCAUAGUGCUUGCUCGUCAGGACACUCGUCAUUACGAGGAGGUCACAUUGCAUAUCAUACUCUAACGCUAGGCUAGAAGCUAGCUAAAUAGUUUGUUGCUAGCAAACCUGCCAAUAUGACAACCGAAUUCAAACGUAUCAGUUGCUGAAAACAGCUGGACAAACUCAACAUUUAAUGUGGGAGGAUUUGAAAGCGUAGCGCCGCUUGCAUCACGACUACAGGAGGGACCGGAGAAAUUAAUGUUCAUCAUACAACACGUUAGGUCAUCAGAUGCUCCAAAAACAAUUCUCAGCAAAAACAAAUCAAUUGCUAGCCAGAUACGUUUUUCUUUGUUGGACCUGCGUUUUACAAUGUAUCCAAUUUUGGUUUGUGUGGUUGUUGGUUUAGCUUUCUGUAACUUUGUAGCAAGUAAGGUCUGCAUGUGUAGAUGCAUAUUGCGUCAUGAUUGCAAGGCGUCCCGAUAUCUUUUCCAACUGUCCCUUCUAGAAUGCCCUUCUAGCCAAUCAGAAACGAGUAUUCAACAAUGCUUUGGUA